UGACAAUGAACAUGUUUCUACCAUCAAAGAAUGUUCGAUAUUAAAAUGAAAAUGGACUUUAAUCACAUUACGACACAAUAAUUACAUCGUUAAUUAAGGGAAUUAAUUUAAAGGAAAUUUACAUUUUAUCCACACGUUUUCGGUUACGCAAACAGUUCAGGGUUGAUAAUUUUGUUACCCUGACAAGCGUACAGCAAAAAAACUCCUGGUGAAGAUACAAAAUUAUUCGCAGCUUUUAAAGUUCACUCAUCAAAUCAUUUACUAAUCGAAAUGGCUGAACACACAGAAGUAUAAAGACAAUGAUUUUUGGCAUAGAAAUAUUGUUAAAUUUAUUUUUAUUAAAAACAUUCACUGCUAAUGGAUUACAGUGUAUAUUACCGUUCAAUUUAUCAACUCACUCCCACGAUACUCUUUUAUCAAGAUUUUCAAGAGAAAUUAAAUCUGUCAUAUACAUCGGAGUUAUUCUCAUUGAUGAUGACCGAGAAAUUGAAAAAGCAUUUGAAAAUGGUGUUCAAGCCGCUAAUGAAGUCCUAAGUCAAAGUGGAACCUUAUCAUCUUAUCAAAUAGAACCUAUUAUCCAAUUUGUACCCAAAGAUAAUGUUUUUGUAGCCACACAGCAAGCAUGCAAAAUUUUGGAUAAAGGUAUAAUUGCCUUAUAUGGACCAAGUUCAACAUCUUUAUCACAAGCUUUGUUGUCUUUGGCCAAUCGAUUUGGCCUACCGUAUGUCGAAACACAUUGGAGUAUGGUACCAAGAAAAACUACUUAUGCCAUACAUUUACAUCCAAGUAUUGAAAGUUAUGGAUUAGGUUUAUAUGAAUAUUUAACUCAGGUGGAAAAAUGGAAACGUAUGACACUCAUCUACAAUAAACCUGAAAGUUUGCUCAAAUUUGCCAAUUUAGUAAAUAAUUUUGAAGGAAUAUUAAAAAUCAAAUCAUGGGAUGAAAAUACAAGUGGUGCUAGAGCAAUGAUGGCAGAACUAGGGUCUGGUUUGGAGAAAAAUUUUCUUGUGGAUAUUCCUAGUUGGCAAGUAACCAAUUUCUUAGUUAUGGCUUACGUGCAUAAUAUGACCGGUUAUCAGUAUACAUUUAUAUUCACAGAUUGGGAUAUUACAACAUUAGAUUUAAGUGCUUUCAAAAUUGAUGUGGGCGCAAGAAUUAAAGCAAUUUCAAUCAUUCCGAAAAUUACUUCAUUAGACAUAAAUAGGGCACGCCAGCCAGAAAUGCCACUUUAUAAGAAAACUCUUGAAGAUAUUGUUAGUUCAAAAGAUUUAUCUAAUAGGAACCCGUCUAUUCAAUUCAGUUUAAUUUACGAUAGCCUUAUACUUCUAGCACAUGGACUUAGCACAGUAACAAGGACAAGGCCAUUAUUACCACAGAAGUUAAAUUGUGAACGCCCACCAGGCCUAUGGCCUCUUGGAUUAAGUCUGAUCAAUGCAGUUAAAUCGGUAGCAUCAGAAACUGUUCAUGGUUUGACAAGUCCCUUCCGUUUUGAUAAACACGGUUUAAGAACAUUAUUCGAUUUAACUACUCUGGAACUAACGCAAGGUGGAUUUAAGCCUACUGGAGUAUGGAAUAUAGAUGAACGAAUGAAAGUUGCAAAACAACCUGCGAUCACGUUACCGAAACAGUUACCAAAAAUCAAAGGUGUAGUCUUAAAAGUCACAACUAUACCUGAUGCUCCAUUCAUGAUCCCAAUCAAGUUUGAUGCAUAUGAUAGACCAUUAGGUACUCCUGAUGCAUGGAUGGGAUAUUGCAUUGAUCUGCUGAAUCAUAUUGCAUCAGAUGUUGGCUUUAAUUACACAGUUCACAUAACACCUGAUCGACAAUACGGAUCAGGUAUAGAUGUUGGCAAUGGAACUAUAUUUUAUAAUGGUAUAAUGGGAGAAUUGAUCAGAGAGGAAGCUGAUAUGGCUGUGGCCGGAUUUACAAUAACAUAUGAACGUGAAAAACUUGUUGAUUUUAGUACACCAUGGAUGACUUUAGGUGGGAGUAUUUUAUUUACAAGACCGAAAAGUCAGAAACCAUCACUGUUUUCAUUUCUUCAACCACUUUCACCACAAGUAUGGUUAUACGUGGGUUUUACCUAUUUAGCUGUAUGCUUGUGCUUAUUUGUUGCUGCUCGUCUUUCUCCACAUGAGUGGACAGCAACUCAUCCUUGCGAAGAAGGUGGCGAUACAAGAAAAAACCAGUUCACAUUAUUAAACAGCUUCUACUAUAAUGUGUCGGCUUUACUAAAUCAAGGAACUGAACUGGCGCCACACGCUACAUCAACACGAUUGUUAACGGGAGUUUGGUGGUUUUUCGCUUUAAUUAUUAUUGCUACAUACACAGCUAAUCUAGCUGCAUUUUUAACAGUUGAAAAUAUGAAAUCACCGAUUGAAAGUGCUGAAGAUUUAGCAAAUCAGGAAAAAAUUAAAUAUGGAACCUUAAAAAGUGGAUCAAGUCGUGAUUUUUUCAGAACCUCAUCCCUACCAACAUUUAAGAAAAUGGGUGAAUUCAUGGACAAAUAUCCUGAUGCAACUGUAUCAACCACUCAAGAGGGAAUUGAACGUGUUCUUCAAGGAAAUUAUGCCUUCAUUUUAGAAUCGACCUGGAAUGAAUACUAUGCACAAAGGGAUUGUCGUCUAACGCAAGUUGGAACGCUGCUUGAUUCUAAAGGUUACGGAAUCGGAUUUCCACAAGCUGUUUGGCGCGGAAUGUGGAAGGAAUUAAAAUUCGCUACAAGAUGUUUAACGACAUCGCGUCGACUGAGAUCAGACAUUCCUAAAUUAUCUAGAUCCCGUUCAAGUAAUCGACUUAUUUCAUCUGUGCCAAAUAAUUUAAGCGCAAUCAAUAAUUCACCAAAUUCAUUUGGUUUCGGUGAAAAUCAUAAUAAUAUAAAGCUGAAUAGUAAUGCUAAUGUUAACUCAAAUAUUCAUAUCGGUGGAACGAAUUUAAAAAUAGACCAAGACACAUCUACAGAUCAGUUACUGAUUUCCGAAUCCAGACCCUUCACCUAUGAACAGCAGAAUCAGCAAAAUCAAGAGGUACCUUUUCGAACAGAUCAGAAAAGUACAAUUCUACAAUGUCCUAGUUCAUUUGAUCAAAGUGAUGCAUCCGCAGGAAUAUCAAGUGAUCCGCAUUCUCAAAGUUUCAACACUCGUCAACAGCAACAACAACAACAACAUCACCUACCAUAUAAUAUCCAGUCAUAUCAACAAUUACAACAUCAUCCUUAUAUACAUAAUGAAACUGAGCGCUUCAAGAUGCCAUCAAGUGGAGUUCGUUCAAAUUUCAACGUUGGAACAGCAAAUAUGAAUGGAGAUUCCGAACUAUGGCAAAUUAAUUAAUUAAAAAUCAUUUACACUUGAAAGGGGAUUAUUUAGAAUACAACUUUUAAAUAUGUUAUAUAAACUGUUUAGUUUAUGCCUUAAUAGAAAUCUGAAUUACAGUAUGGCUUGAAAUAAUUUAUGCUGCAUAAAAGAACGUAAUAAUUAGUUGAAAUUUUCCUUUCACUUCCAUACAAAAUUUACUGCUUUCAGAAUACAUACACACUGAAUUGAAAAAAGUAAUACUUCGACUUGAUAUAAUUAAUGCCACACUAUGUUGAAUGAACUAAAGUACUAAAAACGUUUGUACAGCUGUUUCUUAUACUGUCCGUUACUUGGUACAUAAACGGUUAUUGGUCAAUUCUGUAACAUUACAUAGUUAUGAAAAGUACAAACUAGAAUUCAAAAAUAAUUUACACUAGAAAUUGCAAUUUUGUAGAAGAACCACCAAGAACUACUUAGCAUUUUGCAGCC